UCUCCUCUUAUCUUCUGCACCCAAAACCCAAGUUUUCUUCUUGCCUUUCGUUUUUUCUGUAAUCUCCGAUGGCUCAGAAGGCAAACCCCGGUGCUCUUCAGGCACCAAUGAACGCACCCCUGAACAUUCCCGCUGCUGCUGCUCAGACACUCCUCCAUAACCCUGGUGCUGCCCACGCACUCUUGAAUAAUCCUGGUGCUGCUACUCAUGCACUCCUCACUACUGCUGGUGCAACUCAGCCACUCGUGAACAACCCUGGUGUUGGUCAGCAAAUCAACAGCAAUCCUGGUGCAAUUCAGCCACAUAUCAGCACUUCAGGUGCUAAUCAGCCAUUUAUCAGCAAACCCAGUGCUGCUCAGGUGCUCAUGAAGAGUCCUAGUGCUAGUCAUGCACUCAUCCGGAGUGACCGUGGGAGCAUGUUAAGUAUGUCAGAUGACAAUGUGAUGCUGAAGCAAAUUAUGACAACCCAUGCCCCAGAUGGCCGAGAAGUUGACGUCAGACCUCUUCUCUAUCUGGUUGAGGACAUUCUCAAUCGUGCCACCCAGCAUGUUGAUUUCCUUGUUAAGGGUACUCUAGCUCAAAUUGAAUUGGAAGAAAAAACCCAGCAAGCAAAUUAUAUAGCUAUGCUUGAAGCUCUAACGUUUAUCAUUGAUCGAAUUGCAUGCGAGCUAUCAUACAAAGCUAUGGGAGGUUCCGAUGCACAUGCAACAACAACAGCAAUAUUCAACUUGCUAUCAAGUUAUGCAUGGGAUGCUAAGCUAGUGCUGUCCCUAUCAGCCUUUGCCCUGAACUAUGGAGAAUUCUGGCUUCUUGCUCAGAUUUACUCAACAAACCAACUUGCCAAGUCAAUGGCAAUCCUGAAGCAACUACCAUCAAUCCUGGAACACACUGCUCCUCUGAAACCCCGGUUUGAUGCACUCAACAAUUUAAUCAGGACAAUGAUGGAUGUGACUAGAUGUGUUGUUGAGUUCAAGGAGCUACCAUCAAUGUACAUUUCACAGGAGGUACCGGCACUGGCCACUGCUAUGACCCAUAUCCCAACUGCUGUCUACUGGACCAUCAGGAGUAUGGUGGCUUGUGCAACCCAGAUUAGCAACCUCACUAGCAUGGGUCAUGAGUUUGCAAUAUCAACCGCAGAGUCGUGGGAGUUGUCCAGCUUGGCUCACAAACUCAAGAACAUAUAUGAACAUCUGAAGCAGCAGCUCAGUCUUUGCAACAAAUACAUAGAUGAAAGGAAAGAUGUUGAAACAUACCAGAUGCUUCUGAAUCUCUUUGACCCGACCGUGAUGCACAUUGACAACAUGAAAAUUCUCAAGGCCUUGAUUUAUGUCAAGGAUGAUAAACUGCCCCUUCUCGACGGUUCUACAAAGAGACAUGUUAGCCUAGACGUGCUGAGAAGGAAAAAUGUGCUCUUGCUCAUAUCAAGCCUGGACUUCUCCAGUGAUGAACUUGCGAUUCUUGAGCAGAUAUAUAAUGAGUCCAGGGUCCAUGCGACAAGGCUAGAGAGUCAGUAUGAGGUUGUUUGGAUUCCAGUUGUGGACCGUUCUGUUGUCCCAUUGACUGAUGAAAUUCAGACCAAAUUUGAGAACCUGCGAAGCACCAUGCCAUGGUACUCGGUGCAGGACCCUAAACUCAUAGAGAAGCCAGUCAUCAGGUUCAUCAAGGAGGUUUGGCACUUCAGGAACAAGCCAAUCCUUGUCGUGCUAGACCCUCAAGGGAAGGUGGUUUGCCCAAAUGCAAUCCACAUGAUGUGGAUUUGGGGAAGCAAUGCAUUCCCCUUCACUAGCUUGAGAGAAGAAGCUCUCUGGAGGGAAGAGACAUGGAGGCUUGAGCUGCUGGUUGAUGGCAUUGACCCAAUAAUCCUCAAUUGGAUUAAAGAGGACAAAUACAUUUUCUUGUUUGGAGGGGACGAUGUUGAGUGGGUGAGAAAAUUUGCAACCACAGCACGCAGUGUUGCUACUGCAGCUCGUAUUCCUCUAGAGAUGGUCUACGUGGGGAAAAGCAGCAAAAGGGAGCAAGUCAAGAAGGUGAUAGGAAUUAUCAAUAUGGAGAAGCUUAGCUACGCCUGGCAAGAUCAGGCCAUGGUGUGGUUCUUCUGGACCAGGUUAGAGAGUAUGCUGUUUUCCAAGAUUCAGUUAGGCAGGGCUGAUGACCAUGACCCCAUGAUGCAACAAAUCAAGAAGCUGCUUAGCUAUGAUAGAGAAGGUGGAUGGGCAGUGUUCAGCAGGGGGUCUAAUGUCAUGGUGAAUGGCCAUUCCUCCACAGUUGUGCCUGCAUUGGGAGGCUAUGACGAAUGGAAGGUGAAUGCGGCUGAAAAAGGUUUUGAAUUGGCUUUCAAGGAGUACCAUGACAGGCUCCAUGAUGUCGCUCACCCUUGCUGCCGCUUCGAGUUCCCGACCACCACAAGGAUCCCCGACAACAUGAGGUGCCCAGAGUGCCGCCGUAUCAUGGAGAAAUACACCACUUUCCUCUGCUGCCAUGAUGAGCAAGGUAUUCCAGGCUCACUGUUUUAAGCUGCAGGGAGGCUUCCCUGUUUUUCCCACUCCUAUUGCCUGCACUAAAUAAUGAUGUCCUGUAGGAUUGGGGCUCAAAUCUACAAUUUUCUUACAAACUUUCAAUUGGCCUGUUAAGGCUUGUGUUUGACAUGUACUGCCAAUGGCCACCAUGUAGCCAAAGCUGGCAACCAAUAAUAGUUUACAAUAUUUUAAUAAAAUAAUUAUGUUUGAUUACCUCAUUAUAUUUUGGAAA